CAUACUUCUCCCCUCAUUCGUUUUCCACAGCAAUAAUAUGUUCCUUCUGGGAAAGCGCCUUCAAUGAUGCUAUAUGCCUAUAAAUUUUUAUAGCCUCCAAGAGUUUUCCACACCCCCACACGCAAAAAAUACACAUCUCUGGUAUUUAAUUGCUUUCGUUAAUUACCUUGUUCAAAUUCGGUUCUCAUGAGAAACAUUGUUCAAACUCUGUUUGUACAACAGCCUUCUACCAUGGCUUCUACUUCUUCUACUCCUCCCGAUCAGUACAAGACAUGGGAUGCUUUCAUUAGUUUUAGAGGCAAAGAUAUCCGUCAGGGUUUUCUCUCCCAUCUCUUUAAAGCUUUGUCGGGAAAACAAAUCAAUGCCUUCUUGGAUGAAAACCUUGAAAAAGGAGAAGAGAUCUCAAGUUCUCUACUGGAAACAAUUGAAGAUUCAUACGUUUCAGUAGUGGUUUUCUCUGAAAAUUAUGCAGAUUCCCCAUGGUGCUUGGAUGAGCUUGUGAAGAUAUUUCAAUGCAUGAAAACAUCUGGACAAAUAGUCCUUCCAGUAUUUUAUCGUGUAGAUCCAACUGAUGUUCAAGAGCUGAGAGGGAAUUUUGGAGAGGCAUUUAGUAAGCAUAAAAAAGAAGUAAAAAUUUUGGAAGGAUGGCGCCAUGCCUUGAUAGAAAUAAGCAACUUAGCAGGAUGGGACUCACAGUCACGGAAUAUCAAGUCUGAGUCCGAACUAGUUGAGGAAAUAGUAAAUAUUGUUUUGGAGAAAUUAAAUCACAUCUUUAAAGGCAAUUACGUGAAUGAUGAUUUAGUUGGAAUUGAAUAUCGGGUGAAGAAAAUGGAAGAAUUAUUAUUUUCUGAAUCAAUAAAUGAUAAACGAGUUGUAGGAAUUUGGGGGAUGGGAGGUAUUGGAAAGACAACUCUUGCUGACAAAGUAUUUCAUCGAAUCAAGGCUAAAUUUGAGAGUCAUUGCUUUGUUGCCAAUGUUAGGGAAGAAAUAACGAAGCAAACAUCAAAUGCUUUGCGAGAUAAAAUCUUCCGUCAAUUGUUAGGAGAGAAAGAUGGAUAUAUAGAUACGCCUUGUCCAGGGGAUUUCACGAUGACAAGACUUCAGAGUAAAAAAGUACUCCUCAUCUUUGAUGAUGUAGAUGAUUCAUAUGUUUUAAAGGGUUUAGGUGGAAACCUUGAUUGGUACAAUAAGGGAAGUAGAAUAAUUAUAACCAGCAGAGAUAGGCAAACACUCAUAAAUGUUUGCCUUGAGGAGCAUAUAUAUGAGGUUAAAGAAUUAAUUAAUCAUGAAGCUCUCCAUCUCUUUAGCUUAUAUGCCUUCAAACAAGAUCAUCCCAAAGAAGGAUAUGAGAAGCUAUCGGAGAUCGCAAUAAGAUAUGCUAAAGGCAAUCCGUUGGCUCUUAGAGUUUUAGGCUCUAAUAUGUAUAGUAAGGGUAUAGAAGAUUGGGAAAGUGAGUUGAAAAAAGUGAAAGAAAUUCCUGAUUUGAACAUUCAAAAAGUCCUGAGAAUAAGUUAUGAUAACCUAGAUCGUUAUCAAAAAAGUAUAUUUCUUGAUAUUGCAUGUUUCUUUAAGGGGGAGCCUAGAGGUCGUGUUGAGGGAAUACUAGAUGCUUGUGGUUUAUCUGCAAGAAGUACAAUAGGUCGUCUAAUUGAUAAAUCUCUCAUAACCAUUUCAUCAUACAAUCAUGUUGGUAUGCAUGACUUGUUGCAACAAAUGGGCAAGGAAAUUGCUUAUGAGGAAUCCAAACAACCUGGAGCAAGCAUCAGGUUAUUGAAUUACAAGGAUAUCAGUCGUGUAUUGACAAGAGAAACGGGAACUGAAAAUGUUGAAGGCAUAUCACUUAACAUGUAUGAGGUGAAAGAUAAUUUGGUGCUAAGUUCCACAGCCUUCCAGAAGAUGUACAAUCUUAGAAUCCUCAAAUUCUUCAAUGAUUCUAAUUCUAGUCGAGGACAAUUGCAGCUUCCUAGCGGCCUUGAAUUUCUACCAGAAGGUCUAAGAUAUCUUCACUGGGAUAGAUACCCUUUGAAUUAUUUGCCAUUGAAGUGUUGCACAAAAUAUCUUGUGGAACUCCGCAUGCCCUUGAGCAAACUCACAGAUCUUUGGAAUGGAGAUGAGGCUCUUGGAAAUUUGAAACUUUUAGACCUCACCAGCUCUAUGAAGCUGACCAGAGUUCCAGACUUGUCUAGAUUCCCAAAUCUUGAGGUUUUACUUUUGGGCGGAUGUAGAAGCUUGAUUGAGAUUCCUAGCAGCAUUGGCGAGUUAAAAUGUCUAAAACGAAUUGAUCUAACGAGAUGCUUUAAACUGCAUAGUAUUCCCCAAAGCAUCUGCAAUCUGAAAUCUCUUACAUUCCUUUGGAUGUCACAUUUUUUGAAUGUCACUGAAUUGCCAGAGAACAUAGGGGAUUUAGAAUUUCUAGAGUACCUUCGUAUAGAUAGCAUUGGAAUAAAAGCAUUACCAUCCUCCAUCAAUCAAUGGGAAAAUUUGGUUGACUUAACGUGUACAGGCUGUAAAGGUUUGACAUUGCUUCCUUUGACAGGUUUGUCCCGCUUACGGAAUUUGAGUUUAGAUGAGUGUAGUAUAAUAGAAAUUCCCCAGAGUCUUGGGCUUUUAGUCUCAUUGGAAUCCUUAAGUUUAACUGAAAACAAUUUUGAGAGCAUACCUGCAAGCAUUAAACAACUAUCUGAGUUGAUACAGCUUUACUUAUUUGGUUGCAAGAGACUCAAAUGUUUACCAGAGCUUCCAUCAUGCUUAAGAAAAUUGUCUUUAGGGAAUUGCACAUCUCUCAAAUGUUUACCAGAGCUUCCAUCAUGCUUAAUAGAUUUGUCUUUAGAGAAUUGCACAUCUCUGGAAUCUGCGUCAACUUCUUUCCUUGUCCCAGAACACAAAGACGAAGAUCUAAUUGAAAAUUUUCUUCGAAUUGAAAAAUUUCUUGACUUUAGUAAUUGCUUCAGUGUGGAUAAGGAGAAAGUGAUGAAGGAUGUAUUGAAAACGCAUCUGUUGAAACACAAGAUUGUUCGUUUGUGUAUUCCCGGGGAUGAAGUGCCUCAAAGGAUGAGAUAUAAGAACCAGAGUGGAUCUUCUCUUUCAUUCACACUAGAUCAGCCUAACUUGAUUGGUGUUUCUUUAUGCCUUGUUUUUGAUCCCAAAAAUUAUUAUGGUUAUCGUGUUAGGUUUAAUUGCGAAGCCCAAUUCAUUGAUAAAUCUGGACACAACAGUAAAAUUUCCAAGUUCAGUUUCCAGCCUUAUUGCAAAACUAAUCUGUUGGAAUCAGAACAUGUGUACCUUUGGAAUGAAUUGUUCUACAUUUCCGACAGUUUCGAUGAGGCCACAUUUAAGUUCUCCAUUGAAGAGGCCUCGUUACAGUACCACAUUGAACAUUUUUCACUCAAGCCACAACAUAAUUCCGGCGCUAUAAUUAAGUGUGGGGUACUUCCUAUAGUUCGAGAUGAUUUUCUCUGCAGAGAUAAAAAGAGAAGCAGAAAUAAGAAGAUGAGGAAGAAGAACCUUCUCCGCCUAAAAUUGAAACGAGACCAAACACCUUACAACAGCACUACCGCCACAGCAGAGACUCAUUAAGUGUUUAAAGAUUUCGUGUUUGGAGGCUUUUGUGUGCGACUUUUCUGCAGAAUUUGAUGCAGCUCUCAGCUUUCUAAACCUUUGGCUUUUGUUCUGCUGGCAAUUGUUUGCUGUCUUUUGUGAUGCAACUUUGGUGCUGUAUUAUUGGCGUGUUUUGUACCUUUCUUUCUAUGCUUUUUCACUUGGAAUACCAUUGUUGGGUGUAAUAGGGAAGCCUAUCGGAUUGGUUUAAUCGGCAAAGUCCAUACUAAGUAUUUUCUAGAUGUCAUUUAUCAAUAAAAUUUUGCUGAUAAAAGCAAUUGUGCUGAAUUAUAAAUUUUGAAUAACACCACAGUCGAUCCAUCUUAAA